AUCACUGACUGGGAGCCGCUGCCGGUCGCUGGUUUAAACUGCCGCCUGACUGCUUGACUCGACUUUUGGCUGACAGUCCACACUAAGCUCACAGUUUUUUUCCUGAAGGUUUUGUGUGAAAAAGGACGAGCGCUCAUCAUGCAGUCCUGUGCCAGGUGUGGGUUUGUGGUCUACCCAGCAGAGAAGAUCAACUGUAUUGAUCAGAACUGGCACAAAGCAUGUUUUCACUGUGACGUCUGCAAGAUGGUCCUUACUGCCAAUAACUUUGUCAGCCAUAAGAAGAGGCCCUACUGCUCUGUGCACAACCCAAGAAACAACACCUUCACCAGUGUGUACGAGACUCCCGUCAACAUCAACGCGAAGAAGCAGAGCAAGGCGAGCAGCGAGCUGAAGUACCGUGAAGACGGCGAGCGCUUUAUGUCCACCUUCCACCAUGACAUGGCGUCCAUGGAGCUGGAGCAGGCUCGCCUAGCCAAUCAGAUGGCCAGCCAGACCUUUCAGUCUCAGUCUGAGUUCAGCUCACAGCAGCAGAGCUGGUAUUCGGGGACGGUGACCAACCAGGAGGUGGUGACAAUGUCUCAGUCACAGAAGACCAUCAGCGAUGUAAAUUACUCUGAAAACUAUGAGCAGACUACAGGAAAAGGCAGCUUCCCUGCAAUGAUCACACCAGGAUACCAAGCUGCUAAGAAAGCCAAUACGCUGGCCAGCAGCCUGGAGUACAAGAAAGGGCACGAAGAAAGAGUUUCCAAAUACACCACGUUCGUCGACCCGCCGGAGGUGCUGCUGGCCAAGAAGCAGGGCCAAAUCGUCAGCGACUACGCCUACACCGAGGAGUACGAGCAGCAGAGAGGAAAAGGCAGCUUCCCCGCACAUCUCACACCCGGAUACCAGAUAUCGAAGAAGGCCACGGAGCAAGCCAGUGAUAUCAAGUAUCGUCAGAUGUAUGAGCAGGAGCUGAGGGGAAAAGCCACUGCUGAGGCAGGAGCUGCAGAGUUCGCUCACGCCAGAGAAAACGCAGAGAACUUCAGCCAGAUCGCCUAUACUGAAGAGUACGAGCAGCAGCGAGGUAAAGGAAGCUUCCCUGCCAUGAUCACGCCUGGUUAUCACCUCGCAAAGAAGGCUCAGGAGCAUCUCAGCGAUGUAGAAUAUAAGAAAGACUUGGAGAACACAAAAGGACACAGCAUCAAUUUCUGCGAGACGCCACAGUUUCAGAACGCUGCUAAAGUGGCCAAGUUCACCAGCGAUAACAAGUAUAAAGAGAAAUACAUCACGGACAUGAAAGGCCAUUAUGAAGACUCGGGUAUUGACAAGAAGACCAUGCAUGCCAUGAAAGCAAGGAACCUGGCGAGUGAUAUUACAUAUAAACAAGGUUGCGAACAGGAGCAGGGUGAAUAUAACUACCCAGCCACCAUCACUCCAGGCUACCAGAGCCAAAGGAAACUGGAUCCCCUGAAAGACAAAAACUACAGGCAGCAUAUCGACCAGGUCAAGUACAAGUCAGUGACCGACACACCUGAGAUCCUUUUGGCCAAGAAGAACGCUCAGCUUGUCAGCAAUCUGAAUUACAAAGCUGGCUAUGAGAAGACGAAGCAUCAGUACACACUGUCUCAGGACCUGCCGCAAAUCCAGAAAGCCAAAGAAAACGCCGCCUUGUGUAGUGAUAUUAAAUAUAAAGAAGAGUGGGAGAAGACCAAGUCUAAAGCGUGCGACAUCGGCGUGAACGACCUGAGCGUCAAAGCAGCCAAAGCUUCCCGUGAUCUCGCAAGUGAUAUUAAAUACAAAGAAAAUUACUUGAAGAACAAGGAGAAGGUGGUGGGGGUGAACAUGAGCGAUUCCAAGACGCUGCACUCUCUCCAAGUGGCCAAGAUGAGCAGCGAUAUUGAGUACAAGAAGGGCUCCAAGGAGAAUCAGGCCCAGUACAGCCUUCCUCUGGACAUGAUCAACCUGAGCCACGCCAAGAAGGCCCAGGCCCUCGCCAGCGACCUGGAGUACCGCACCAAGCUCCACGACUACACCGUCAUGCCCGACGACAUCAAGGUGCAGCAGGCCAAGAAGGCGUACUCCCUGCAGAGCGAGAACCAGUAUCGCUCUGACCUGAACUGGAUGAAAGGGGUGGGCUGGGAGACGGAGGGAUGCCUCAACAUCACGCAGGCCAAGAAGGCCGGAGAGCUGCUCAGCGACAACAAAUACCGUCAGAAGGCAGACAGGAUCAAGUUCACGCAGGUGGCGGACGAUCUCUCCAUCAAACACGCCAAGAAGAGCCAGGAACUGCAGAGCGACCUGACGUACAAAGCCAACACGGAGCAGAUCAUCCACCAGUACACCAUGACGAAGGACGAGCCGCAGUUCAGACAAGCCAAGGCCAACGCUGACCUGCUCAGUGCCAAAGUGUAUAAAAGUAACUGGGAGAAGCAGAGGGAGAAGGGCUUCGAGCUGCGACUGGACUCCUUAUCGAUACUCACGGCGAAAGCCAAGAGAGACCUGGCCAGCGAUAUCAAAUACAGAGAGAGCUACGAGAAAAACAAAGGCAAGGUGAUCGGCAUCAAGUCGGUGAGCGACGACUCCCAGAUGGCUCAUUCUGCUCUGGCCACCAAGCUGCAGAGCGACCGUCACUACAAGAAGAACUACGAGGACAACAAGGCCAAAUACAGCGUUUCUCUGGACAUGCUGAACAUCAGCCAUGCUAAGAAGGCUCAGGACCUGGCGACGGACACCAACUACAGGACCUUCCUCCACGAAUACACCACCGUCCCCACAGACAUGAAGGUGGCCUGGGCCAAGAAGGCCUACGGGCUGCAGAGUGACAAGCAGUACAGGUCCGAUCUGAACUGGAUGAAGGGGGUCGGCUGGGAGGCCUCCAAGUCUCUGGAUGUUCAGCAGGCGAAAAAAGCUGGAGACCUCGUCAGCGAGAAAAAGUACCGGCAGGACGUGAGCGCUCUGAAGUUCACCAGCGUUGAGGACACUCCAGAAAUGAUCCAGGCCAAACAAAGCAACAAACUGGCCAUUGAUAGGCUGUACAGAGAGAAAGGUGAAAACAUGAAGCACAACUACACGCUGAGCGGAGAGCUUCCAGAGCUGGUGCAGGCCAAGCUCAACGCCAUGAACAUCAGCGAGAGCCGCUACAAAGAAUCCUGGACGAAGGUCCGCGAUGGAGGAUACAAACUGCGGCUGGAUGCCAUUCCCUUCCAGUCCGCCAAAGUCUCUGCAGAGAUCCUCAGUGAUCAAAAGUACAAAGAGGAGUUUGAGAAGACGAAAGGGAAGAUGAUCGGGCUGAAGGGCCUGCAGGACGACAUCAACAUUGCUCACUCGGUUCACGCCAGCAAGCUCCAGAGCGACAUUAAGUACAAGAAGGACUCUGCGAAGGAGCUCUCCAAGUUCCAUCUCCCCAUGGACAUGAUGGAGGUUGCUCAUGCUAAAAAAGCUCAGCUGCUGGUCAGCGAUCAGGACUACAGGCUGUCCCUGCAUCAGUACACCGCGCUGCCCGACGACAUGAAGCUGCAGGCCGCCAAGAAGGCAUACGCUCUGCAGAGCGAGAAACUGUACCGCUCGGACCUGAACUACCUGCGCGGCGCAGCCUGGAUCGCCACUGGAGCUCUGCAGAUUGAAGGCUCCAAGAGGGCCACAGACCUCAUCAGCGAUAAAAAGUACCGUCAGCAGCCGUACAACUUCAAGCACACCUCUGUCGCCGACUCUCCGGAUAUCAUCCACGCCAGAGUCAGCGGACAGAUCACCAAUGAGCGCUUGUACAAAGAGAAAGGAGUGCACGACCAGCACAACUACACCAUCACAACGGAGAGGCCGGAGAUCACACAAGCAAAGAUCAACGCAGCCAACUUUAGCGAGAUCAAAUACAAAGAGUCGUGGCACACGCUGAGGGCUCAGGGCUACAAGCUCACCAUGCAGGACAUCCCCUUCCAGGCUGCCAAGAGCUCCACAGGCAUCGCCAGCGAUUACAAGUACAAACACAACCACCUGCUGGAUAAAGGGAAACACAUCGGGGUCAAGAGUGUCUUGGAGGACCCUCGUCUGCUGCACUGCCUGCAGGCAGGCCGGCUCGCCAGCAACCAGGAGUACCGCAAGGACGCGCUGAUGGCCAGCGGGCAGUACCACCUCACCCCGGACAUGAUCCACCUGGUGGAGGCGAAGAAGGCCCAGGCUCUGGCCAGCGAUCAGGACUACAGGAAGAAGCUGCACGAGUACACGGUGCUGCCCGACGACAUGAAGGUCAAGUGGGCCAAGAAGGCUUACAACCUGCAGAGUGAGAAACUGUACAAGUCGGAUCUGAAUUACAUGAAAGGCGUGGCCUGGGAUGGAGUCGGCGCUCCGCAGCUGGAGUCUGCAAUGAAAGCUGGGCAGCUCCUCAGUGAUAAAAAGUACCGCCAGCUGCCAGACAGCCUGAAGUUCACCUCUGUCACAGACUCCCCGGAUAUCAUCCACGCUAAGACGAGCUACCAGCAGUGCAGCGAGAGACUCUACAAAUCCGGGAAGAACGAUGACAUGCAUAAAUACACCUUACACCCAGACGAUCCAGACUUCGUUAGAGCCAAGGUUAACGCCCUGCAGAUCAGCGACAAAGUUUACAAGGCGUCUGGGGAGCAGGUGAAGACGUCCGGCUACGAUCUGAGGCUGGAUGCGAUUCCCUUCCAGACGGCCAAGGCCUCCAGAGAAAUCGCCAGCGACGUCCGCUAUAAGGAGUCCCACCUGAAGGAGAAAGGCCAGCAGGUGGGGCUGCGCUGCGUGGAGGACGACCCCAAGAUGGUGCACUCGCUGGCGGCCUCCAAGCUCCAGAGCAACCUGGAGUACAAGCGCCAGUCCAAGGAGGACCACGGCCACUACAAGAUCCACGCCAACCAGCCAGAGUUCCUGCAGGCCAAGAAGAGCCAGGCCCAGGCCAGCGACCUCAGCUACCGGCGCAAGCUGCACGACUACACCUGCGACCCCGAGCAGCUCAACUUCAAGCACGCCAAGCAGGCCUACAAGCUGCAGAGCGACGUGAACUAUAAGUCAGACCUGAACUGGAUCAGAGGAGUGGGCUGGACCCCUCCCGGCUCCCACAAGGCCGAGCUGGCCCGUCGGGCGGCAGAGUUGGGGCUGGCCGAGGGCGUGACCACCGACGAGGCCAUCGCCAAGUAUCAGCACAUGAUGAUGCUGCACCACCAGCAGCAGAUGGAGCAGCAGCAGCAGCAGCAGCAAGCCAGCGAGCAGGUGGAGACCAGCGAGGAGAUCCAGCGCGGCGUCAACAUGGACGCCAUGGAGGUCCUCCACGUGAAGAGGAAGAAGACCAUCCAGACCGUCCAGAAGAAGUCCACCACCACCACCUCAUUCAGGUCAAUGGAGAAGAAGUCCAGCACCUCCUCCUCCUCCUCCUCCACCGCUGCGCUCCAGAACUCAGUUAAAAUGUCCAACAAAGCCAUAGAAGACGCAUAGAUUUUUAGAGAUGACACUUUUGAAAAGUGUGUUGAACUUUUACUGAGAGGUUUAUUUUACUACUUUGAUGAAGUGACUGAAGUUGUGGUGUAGUUUUAUGGAGCGCCACAGGCUGUUGCUGCAGCAAUGAACGAUGAUGUGUAGUUAAUUUAAUGGCAAAGGGGAUAAAGUACGUAGAACAAGGACGGGAGUUUGUUCGAGAGACGAUUGAGGUUUGUGUAUGUGCUGAAAAAAGAAGGGAGUCCAGAAAAAAACUGUUUUCAGAUGUAGAUUUUAUCACUUCUGAGUGGGUUGAUAUGCAAAUAAAGGACCAGUUUCAACAACAGUUCAAGGAGUAACAUCAAGAUGAUCAGAGCAGUUUUUAUAUCUAUAUCCUGGGUGUGUUCAGAAGGUACCAGAUGGUCAGCAGGCGUGACCUUGUUGCAGCCGUGCUGAACAGGUCUGGUCAUGUUGUCCGCGUUGAGCCAGGCUCAGAAAACCACAGAAACCACGUGUGAUCCACUUUUUGUCUGGCAGGUUCAAGCUUUGUGAGUUUGUGACGGUGCCUCUUGUAACUCAAAGCUGGGCUGGGAGUAAAUGCUUGAUUUCACUGCUGA